AGUCUUGAGUAAUUUUUAACUGACCCCAUCUUUUUCGAAGGUCAACAUCCAACAGAUAACCGUCAAUUGUACAUCCCGGAUUACCUAGGAUAAAAACUCUUCCUGAUAUAAAUCAUUUUAUCUUUCACAUAACGAAAGAGUUAUCUGCUUUUAUUAUUAUCUGUCAGGUAAGGAUAAAACGUCCUUUCUGGUACAGGCGGCACAUAAACGAAACUGUUAAUGAAUUUGAAGUGCUAGGUCAAUAAGAAAUGAAUUGCUCUCGUCACUUGUUCGUUAUCACUGCCGAAGCAUAACGCCCCCAGCGUACAUAUUGGUAGAAAAAAUUUAUUCCCUGUUCAGAUGGAGACUGUUGAUGAUUUCCAGGAUAUUUUGGAGUUUGAUAGUUUUUCCGUAGACCCUGAAGAUUAUUCAGAAACGCCGUUUAUAAACGAGAUUUGGUAUGUGAAGCCGUGGAGAGAAAUUUUACUGGAUAUAUCUGUUAUUUUACCAGUGGUUGUGAUAGGACUCUCCGGAAAUUUCCUACUGAUAUUCACACUGGCCACAAAUAAACAUCUACGGACCCCUACCAACCUGAUGAUUGGAAAUAUGGCCUUGGCCGAUAUGCUUUCCUUACUUGUACACCCUUGGGUUUAUAUAAUCACUUAUGAUAUGUUCCAAAACUACAUCCUCGGAGAGUUUGGAUGCAAGACGGAGGCUGCUUUGGAAUGCGCGAUUUUGAUCUCCAGCGUGCUGAGCCUUUCGGUGAUCAGCUACGAUCGACUGACGUCGAUAGUCGCGAAUUCAACAGCCUUGAACAUCAGAAAAACUAAGAUCUGCAUGGUGUUGACCUGGAUCACCGGUUCGUUUCUUUCUACGCCCCUGGUUUUCUUCAGGGAGUACAAGACGAGGCAAUGGAAGGACUUCCUAGAAACGUUAUGCAAGGAUCACCCGAUAAUAAUAAAGAUCUAUUGGCCGACUAUUAUAACGGUUUUGGUUUGGAUACCCCUGAUGAUCAUGAUUGUGUGUUACAUUUCCAUUUUUGUCAAACUGCAACAUUUCGAGAAGGUGGUACUGAGAAAAGCCGUGAACCAACAGAGAAGGGCGAGCUAUAGAAAGAGGGCAGCAAAAAUGAUGUUUAUCGUUAUCCUGACUUUCACGAUCUGUAGGUUGCCUUUCACCGCUGUAAUUUUCUGGAGGUACUCCAGGUUUGUGGGCAAAUCGGCGCAGAAUAUAAACGAUAUGCAUGGUGCCAGUUUGGUGCUCUGGUUCUCCUCGAAAUACCUCAUUUUUGUGAAUGCGGCAGUGAAUCCCAUCAUCUACGGAAUAACGAACGAAAAAUUCAGACGCGCCUUCAGAAAUUCCAAAUUGUCAAGAUGGUUAUUUCGAGAGAAGACCGUUGUGGUGGAUGUGCCGAAAAACGAGCAGAAUACCGUGGAAAGCGUAUUUUUUAUUUUCAAGAAGAAACUGCGAUCGAAAGAUGAGAAUGGGAUUGUGACGAAGAAGCCGAACAAAAAAGGAUAAUAAAGUGCUGAAA